GUGAUAUGUGAUGAUAUGUUUCUUUUUGUCGUCCUUUGUCUAGCCUCAAUUCAGGUGCAGAUCACCCCAACGCAAGGAGAGAUCAGUGUGGGAGAAUCCAAGUUCUUCCUCUGUGAAGUUGUGGGAGAUGCCAUGGACAUCGACUGGUACGCCCCCAGUGGCGAGAAGAUCGUCUCCAGCCAGGACGUCUUUGUGAGCCGCACGGAUGAGUCCACGUCCACCCUCACCAUUUACCACGCCACCGUGGACAGCUCCGGGAACUACAAGUGUGUGGCCAAAAGCGCCGACAAGGAGGCCCAGGCCACUGUCCAAGUGAAAAUCUUCCAAAAGAUCAGCUUCAAGAAUGCUCCAAGCCUGCAAGAGUUCAACGAGGGCGAUAACGCUGACAUCGUCUGCGAUGUGGUCAGCUCCCCUCCAGCCACCAUCUUCUGGAAACACAAGGGAGCCAAGAUCCACGUGGCCAAAGACGUGCGCUUCAAGAUCAUGGAGAACGCCCACCUGCAGAUCCGAGGCAUCAAGAAGACCGACGAAGGCAUGUACACAUGUGAGGCGCGUGUGAUGGCCAGGGGAGAGAUCGACUUUAGGGCCAUCAAGGUGGUUAUUAAUGUGCUUCCUACCAUCCGUAUCCGCCAGGCGGAGGUCAACGCCACGGCCGACAUCGGCACCUCCGCCAUGUUGGCGUGUGACGCAGAUGGUUUCCCCGAACCCACCGUCACCUGGGCUCGUAACAAUGUUGUCCUUGAAACGGACGAGAAGUACAGCCUGAACGAGGAUGGCUCUGAAUUGCUAAUAAAAGAUGUCACCAAAGUGGAUGAAGGAGAUUACACUUGCAUGGCCAAGAACAAGGCUGGGGAGAAGGAGGAGGAAGUCAGCCUGAACGUGUUCGUGACCCCCAGGAUCACCUACCUGAACAACCAGACGGCCUCUGAGCUGCAGGAGCAGGUGACUCUGACCUGCGAGGCGUCCGGCGAGCCUACACCCGCCAUCACCUGGAGCUUUGGCCCGCGGGUCUUCACUGAGCGAGAGCAGGCUUCUUGGACUCGACCAGACACUUACGAGAGCUUGGAUGGAAACGUUGUCGUACGGAGCGACGCACGGGUCUCCUCUUUGACCCUAAAGUACGUGCAGUUCAGCGAUGCUGGCCAGUACCUCUGUACUGCCCGGAACCCCAUAGGCCAGGACAGCAAGAACAUGUACCUGGAAGUCCGCUACUCUCCUAAGAUCCAGGGCCCGGUGACAGUGUACACGUGGGAGGGGAAUUCGGCCAACAUCAGCUGCGAGGUGCUGGCCCACCCGGGGGCCUCUGUGGUCUGGUUCAGGGACGGCCAGCAGCUGCCCUCCGCCAACACCACCAACAUUAAGAUCUACAGCACCCCCACCGCCAGCUACCUGGAGAUCAACCCCGAAUCCCAGAACGACUUCGGAAGCUACAACUGCACAGCGACCAACGUGAUUGGCUCAGAGUCAAAAGAGUUCCUUAUGAUCCAAGCAGAGGUGCCCUCGGCCCCCACGGUGGAGCGGGUGGCUUCCUUCUCCAGCACGGCGAUGGUGGAGUUUGAGGAGCCCGACUCCAACGGCGGAGUGUCCAUCCUCAGGUACAAGGUGGACUGGCGCCAGCCCGGACAGGAUUGGUCCAGCCGGGAGUUUGAGGUUGAGACCGGUACCAACCAAAUCAUCCUCACCGGCCUGAAGCCGGAGACUGCCUACGAGGUCAAGAUGGCCGCCGUCAAUGGCAAGGGAGACGGCGAGAGCAGCCCUUCUACCGCGUUCAAGACGAAGCCAAUCCGGUAUACUUUCACAACUCCACCAGAGACCUCAACCCCCUCCAUCCCUCCUCCAACCACUCUGCCCCUUAGGGAACCCAGUGCACCCAAGCUGGAGGCCAAGGUGCAGAAGAAGGGUAACGCCCUCAAGGUGAACUGGGUGAAGCAGGAUGACGGAGGCACCCCCAUCAAGCACUACCUGGUCAGAUACAAACCUAAGCACGUGUCUGACUGGAGGCCUGAGAUCCGCGUGCCCCACGGCAGCGACCACGUGCUGCUGCAGGCGCUGGACUGGAACACUGAGUACGAGGUGUACGUGGUGGCCGAGAACCAGCAGGGCAAGUCCAAGCCCGCCAUUGUCUCCUUCAGGACGGCCAUGCAGCCCACCGCCAUCCCAGAAGUCGGGGGCUCAGGCCUGGGGACGGGCGCCAUCGUGGGCAUCCUGAUGGUGGUCUUCCUUCUGCUGCUGGUGGGCGUGGACGUCACCUGCUACUUCCUCAACAAGUGCGGCCUGCUGAUGUGCAUCGCCGUCAACUUCUGCGGCAAGACGGGUCCCGGGGCCAAAGGCAAGGACAUCGAGGAGGGCAAAGCCGCGUUCACGAAAGAUGAAUCCAAGGAGCCCAUUGUGGAGGUGAGGACAGAGGAGGCGAACCCCCCCACCCAGGACGGAGGUGCUCCCACAGAGCCCAGUGAGACCACCCCUUUGACAGAGGCUGAGCCCACCAGUCCAGACACCACUUCCCCGGUGGUGAACUCGCUGCCUACCGCUGCCUCUAACUCAACCCCCGGCGCUAGCGAACGCAACACCGCCGCUGCGGUCCAAAGCGCCAAAAGCACCGCCGAAGCGUCCCUUCCGGCUAGCGCGGGGAGCAAAGACAGCGGGCCCGCUCCGGCCGGCGCUACGUCGUCCUCCACGCCCGACGUGGGCCCCCUGGUGGACCUGAGCGAGGGCGCGAGCCUUACGGCGGCUACCGCUGCCUCGGAGCCGGGUGCUAAGGCCGCUGAGCCCAAGGAGUCCACGGGUUCCCCGAGCACUGCUUCCACCGCACAGGCCGAUAUUAAAGUGGCGAUCGACGACAAGGCUAACGCUAAUGAUGCUAUAACCAAGGAGGCUAACGCCACGGAGACGAAGGAGGUGAAGGAGGUGGACGCCGUGCCCAACUCCACCACCGAGGUGAAGACCGUCCCAAACGAGGCCCCCGUUGCCAACGGCAACGAGAGCAAAGCGUAACUCUUCCGGGACCCUCAUCCACCACCAACACCACCACCUUCAACCCCACAUUGCCUAUACCUUAUGACUCCUCCAACAGUGUUUAAUGAGAGCGGGGGUGGAGGAAGAGGAGAGGGUGGAGAUGGAGGUGGAGCUGGAGGAGGGGGGGCUGGGUAGGCUGGGGUGGGGUUAGGGGGAGGCUGGGUGGUAGGGGUUUGGAUUUUGGGGUUUGGGAUAUGGGCUGGUGGGGUUGGGUUUGCAGGGGCAGUCUGAAAAACCAUGCGAGUUCUCUAGAAUAAACACAAAAACAACAAUAGGGCGAACGUGGGGAAGGCGGAUUAAAAAAGUUGACAAAAAUGCAUGGCAGAAAGAAAGGACGGAGAAGUAAACGAUAAAAAAACAGCCUUCCGUUUCCACGGCGGUGGUGCUCUGCACACCUGGGUGCGUUAGAUAACGAGACAGUUGACUGCCUUAGCGCCACUUAUCGCUCACCUCUGUACCCCCUCGUUGUUUGUCGCCGCGUGUCUCGGGGAAAGAAGAAACCGUCAAAUCUUCUAGUCUGCCCGUUUUUCGCUCAUCCUUUCAUUUUGUUGUUGUAUGCUCUACUAUAUUGGAAAGGGAAAGCCACACCGUUCGGCCAUUAGUCAAUCGUAGCUUUAGGUCAAACUGGGUAACUGCCUUUUGCCCGAUGUGCAGUCUUUUCUAUUUAAGUCUCAUUCCAUAGCCCAAUGGCUCCUCGGAGGGCGUCGGCCAUUGCUGCAGUAUGUGUGUGUCUGUACGAUCACGGAUUAUUUUCUAACCUGUAUCACUCUACUGUACAACAUCCACUCAUCGCUGCCAGGCUUGGCGGUGUUUUAAACUCACGAGAUGCUGUUGAACUUGGGUUGAGAUGGAUUGAACAUUGCCACGCCUGAUUUAACGUCUGUUUGUUUUGUGAUUGUUGUUGAGAUUUUAGACAAUGUUGAAUAUAAGAACACAUGGUAGUAGAAGGUUUGACUUCUAGUCCUGAAGAGAUAGAAGGGAAGGGGUGGCGGGGAAGGGGGGCCAGAAAAUAUACACACGUUGAAGAAUUGUCGAAAUAAUGUUUAUGUAUUUCUUUUUUUCUAUUUUUUAUUUAGCAAAUAAAUAACACACCACUAUUGCUUUUUCCUCCGAUUGCACAUAUGUUCAUGCGCAAAAACACACACACACACACACACACACACACACACACACACACACACACACACACACACACACACACACACACACACACACACACACACACGCAUACUCACACACACAAAUUCUCACACACAGACUCACGCUGAUAAAUGCACUCACUUGUACACACAGGUAUACAUGUUUAAUAUUCACCUAUCUUUUCCCACCUGCCACCAAAUAGACCUUACUGUUUGCAUCAGUUUGCAUGUAUUCCUUAGAGUUUCCGAGCUCAGGUGUAGAUGGCAGAAGCACUAUCUAUGCUCACACGCUCACUGCCCCCCCAAACUACAGCCUUUCGUUUUAGUUUCCGGGGGCCAUUUUGAAUUCUUAAAGGUGACAUAUUAAAUCACCAGGUGUGAGUGUGAUCAGCCGUUAAAAGCCGUUUUGAAAAUGUGCCUCUUCUGACAUCACAAGUUGGCAUGUCCACCUAGAUGUAUCACACCUGGUGGUAUAAUAUGUCACCUUUAAUAAGACUGACAGGGGAUUGGAGGUUUGUUUGUCUUGUUCUGACGUUAAUAUUUGUAUGUAUACAUUCCAAUAUAUAUCCAUAAUACACACACACACCGAUUCAACAAGACAAGUUCUUAUUUAAGCCAUAGUACGCUGUCGGAUAUGGAUUUAGGAAGAGACAAGAGAUAGAGAGAAAACCAACCUGCCAUUUUCUUUUUCUUUUGUGUUUGUGUACAGUGUUCCUUAUACUUUAGACUGCAAGCUAAUAGUGCACUGUGAAUGUGUCGAUAUCCUAGUGUGAAUAGAAUACGUUGUGUUCUUUGUCUUGGAGUCUAGAAAAAAAUUAAAUAAUGCCUAGUUGGAUUCUGAAAAGUUUAGCUUAUAGUGAACCAAGCAGAGUUCAGAGUUCCCUGAAGGCUGGGGUUUAGGAAAGCAAAAUUUAAAUGGAGAAAGACAGUGCCUUUAAUUGUGAGGAAAACGGCAUUGCAUUUCAUCUUUCUUAUCCUGCGUCAGUUAUACACACAGGGAUGUUUAUACUUCAUCUCCAAUGUUUUCCAUUUCACAAUUUCACAUUUCACCGUCUUCAGCAGGUUUUUAAUGCAAAUAAAGCGCAGGUUUGUUGAAAUUACAGACAACAAUCGCAGCCUUUCCCUCUGGAGAUAGCUCCGUGACCCUUUUUCUAAUUUAUAUGAGAACUUCAGCCAGACUUGUUGUUCUUGCUGUUGACUAAAUCUUGCUUCUAUAGAGCUGAGGAUAGGAUUGAGCGUUAAUAUGGAUAUCCACCACGCUGUAGCGCUUUAGUGACGGUUGAACACACGACUACACGAGUAUAGUCCAUCACAUCAAUUUCACAUGUAUGUGUAUAAGACAGCGAAGUGAUGACCUGAUAUGUUGAGCUGAUUCUAGGCAAAUUGUUACUGUAAAUUUGUGUUUUCUUGUUCAAUAUAUUUUCAUUGGAUUUUGUGAUGUGUUGAAAGUUGCCUUUUGCCCAAUUAGAUUAUGACAUGAAAAGGCUUUUAUUGUCUUGUUUUUUUUUAAUAAUUAAGCAGCUUCUCAAAAAAGAAAAUAGAAUGCAGAGUAUUCCACCAUGAAAUUGCAGACUUCAUAAUAAUAAACAAGCUGGAACAAAA